UAUCCAGGAUGUUUGUUCUCAUCUGGUCAACUCUGUUUUUCUCUGUAAGAGGCAGCAGUGCUGACAAAGGUUUGCGUCUGCUAGUUUGUAAACCUGUAUUUCUGCAAAUCUGAUUUUUUGUAUAUAUCUGUAUGUGAAACUAUUUUCAUGACAUGAAUCUAGAUAAAAAGCAUUUAUUCACACUCACACAUAAUUUAACAGUGCCAUUGCUAUCUGUUGACUUGUAUGUAAUAAAAAAAUCUUUUGUUAACUGCACAUAUAAUAAGAUAAGAAAUGUGAAACCUUUCAUCUUUCCCUUUGCAUUAACAGUUACCUCAGUCUGGGGACGACAACACUGUAGAGGCAAAGGAUACUGUGUUACUCUGAGUGAGCGAGAACUAACAGCAGAGGCUGGACUCUGUGUUGUGAUCCCGUGUUCUUUCACUACUGCUGCUAACUUUACACCCAAACAUAUAGUUUGGUACAAAUGCGAAGCGUCUAAAAAAUGUAGUGAUGCUGACAUAACAUUUCACAGCAACAAGAAAAAAAAAAAAGUUCAGUCUGGGUUUGAAGGACGAGUGUCAAGUUUGGAGUCCGACGCGAGUCAGAAAAACUGCAGCAUCAUCAUUAAUGAUCUGAAAGUGUCUGAUUCUGGAUCAUAUCAGCUCAAAGUUACUGGAGAAUGGAAUGGGAAAAAAAAUGCAUCUUCAAUCAAUCCAAGGGUAAAUGUCUCUGUUAAAGGUCUUAAACAAAAGCCCACAGUAAUGAUUCCCACACUGACAGAGGGACAGCAGGCCACACUGACCUGCACUGCUCCUGGUCUCUGCUCUGGAUCUGCUCCUCAAAUCACCUGGACAUGGAGAGGAGCAGGAGGGACUGAAUCUUACAUUACAGGAAACAGCACUGAUUUCAAGACUGAGAAUCUGACUGAUGUAACACAGAGACAUGUCUCAACUUUGACCUUUAACCCUUCAGCUGAACAGCACAACACCAAUGUCACCUGUAAAAUCCACUUCACAGGUGAAACGACUACAGAAAAGACUGCAGGUUUGAAUGUAAACUAUGUGAAGGAGGUUUACAUCACUGGUGUUACAACUGUCAGGGACGGUGAGGCUCUGAAUCUGACCUGCAAUGUUCACAGUUUCCCUCCAUCUCUGAUUAUUUGGUCUAAACUUGGUUACAAUGAAACUCUUCACAUUGACACUGGAUCAGCCAAUCUUGUCAUCACCAAUGUAACAGCAGGAGAUGCUCGACAGUACGUCUGCACAGCUAAAUAUAUGAACAAUACCCUGAAGGACAAAGUCAACGUCACAGUGAUAUGGUUUUCAAAGAUACAGAAGGGCUCUGGAUGUGUGCUUCAGUCAGAGGUUUUGACCUGUGUGUGUAUCAGUGAAGGGUUUCCUUUACCUACUAUCAAUUGGCCGCUACUGAAGAACCACACUGAGUACUCUGUCAUUACUACUGUGUCAAACCACACAGUCAACAGCACUAUCAGUCUAACUGUAAAAAGCCAUGGCAACAGCACUGUUGAAUGUGUGAGUAACAAUGGAAAUGGAGAAGAAAGAGAAAUCCUCCUUAUCCAUCAAAACUUGUCUGAAAAACAUGAGCAAUCAUCUGGUGUCAGGCUGGCAUACCUGAAAGUCACUAUUGCCUUUUUGACUGGGGUACUUUUUUCAGCAGUCCUUUGCUGUUUGGCCAAACAUUGCUACAGAAACAAACAAAAGACUUCCAGAAGUUUGGAGAUGAGGACACAUCAAGAUGAUAAACUGGUCUAUGAUGGUCAAGAAUUACAGGACAAUCUGACUCUUAACUCAAACAGCGGGCCAAAAGAAGUGGAGUAUGCUGACAUUAAUUUUUCCUUGUUGAAAAGAAAUGGUGCCAGAGAGGCAGCAAGGAGGCAAGAGAGCACAAAGACGGUAUAUGCUGAAGUUAAGAAAGCAGUCGAAGAACGGGAAGAUGAUGCUGAAGAGGAAGGUGAAAUGCUGGAGGCCAAAGAGGACGAGAUGGUAGUGGAGAUGGAGAUGAAAUACUGUGAACCAGAAAAGGAGUUAGAAAUGGGAAAGGAGAGAGUGUACGCCACUGUGAAUGAUGUUACUGAUGAAAUUUGAGGAAUGUUUUAUUGUGGAGUUGAUUGAGAUAAAGAAUCUCUCAUCACACGUAAUGAACAUCACGCCUUUACAUACAACAGCA